UAUGUGCAUUUUCAAGGCGGUCUUUCACUUGCAAAAAAGAGGAAAAAAACUGUUAACAGAAGACGAAAUCGAACAUCACGCUGUGUCCGUUAGCAGCCCUGUACACAGUUUCCAGAGACAGGUUUGUUAUUUGUGAUGCAAAGUCCGAAGCGUUUCGACUGGGUACGUUGGCUAUUUAAGCAAUGCGUGUAAUUUUAACCAGAUCGAGGUGGAUUCACCUAAACGGUGUGUGAGAGAGGGAGCAGGCAGGGGGCGGGGUGCAUGGACCUCGCUGGAUACGGGACCUGGACACCCCACUUGUGUUCUUGUUAUUUUUAGAGGUGAGAACAAAAGAAGGGGAUUUUUGGAGGAAAGGCCCGGUAUUUGUGAGAUUGUGACGGGCCCCCCGAUUUCGCCGUCUUUGGCUCGGUGUGCUGGUAUCGGGGCCGGAGAGGGAGACGCGGCGGAGGUCUCGACUCGAGCCCGGGGUUGUGGCAGCGGACCCACACAAAACCCUUCAGCGCUCGGGCCUGCAGCGCCCGCAGUUACUGCUGCUUAAAGAAAACAUAAAUAUGUGGGGAUAAAGCAGAAUGAGGACAAAAUGUUCAGUGUGUUAAGCCUGGUGUUUGGACCAUGCGGCCUGGCUGAACCCUCGUCAGUGGGAUGAAAGGGACUGCACUGGGUUAUACAAUGAACAAACUCUGAUGCACAACACAUUUGAAGAGAAAAUGUCUAAUAUCUGUGGAAAGAAGAAAACUUGGGACCAAAGUUGGUUUUUUGUUAGCAUGAAAUAAGGAAGAUGAACAGUGGAACUGAAGUGCAAUCUUGAAGUGUUAAUCUGAAAAAACAAGAACGCUUAAUAAUGUCAGUGGAGUCACGUGAUGUCGUGUAGGGGAUCCAGGGCUUUUAAGAUGUGCCAGUGAACUGUAAUAAUUUCAGUGCAUGGCUACUAUGUGCUUGCUUACAAACUAGUAAUUAGCACUUUGUUACAUGAACUACAACUGAAGUUACACUGAGGUGAGAAUGGUUGCAGUAAUUCAUAACUGACUUCUUCAGCUCAAUGAGGAAAGAUUAGGCUGCGAUUGUGGGUUUGUUUGUUUUGUUUUUCAUCACUUAGUCUAUUUCUUGGUUAUUCAGUGGAACUCCAUUUCAUUCCAAAUCUAGUGCCAGCCUGCUAUGACCAUACAGUGGAAUUGACACCUGCUUAUCUGAAUGGAUGUGACAGCUGCUAAUUUUUUCACCCAAACAUCCGAUUGUUACAGUUACUUGUGGCGGAGUUCAGAGUUUGAGUUUUUUCUUUUGCUAUACCAACUUUUUACCGCUUCAUCUGCCAUUGCAUUGAUAAUUAUUUCAUCCAUCAGCUACAGCAGCUAUUCAGCAACAUGGGACUUUUCUCAUGACAGAAUCACAGAUUAUAUGUAAGUGAAUUCUCUGGCAUUCAACAUUUAUAUAAAUACAAGGCAUUCCUUUUGGAAUUCCUUGUUUUGAUAGAAAAGGUCUUGCUCUCAAACAACCUCUUUCCCAAAACACUAAUACCACAAAAAUGCAGAACUUUCCCAACAGUCCAGCUCCUCCGCCGGGGUUUCCUAGCAGGGGUGGAAACAUGUUGGGUUCCCACUACCCACCGCACUUGUCUGAGCCUCAGAUCUCCCCCAGGACCACAGAAGACUAUCCUACCCUGCAUCAAGCCCAGUCCCUCCUCCAGAGUCACGGACAACACCUACACAUGCGGGCGCAGCACCCAGCACAGGUUCCUCACGUACACAGCUAUGGGUCCAGACGAGGGGCUGGUGAGAUACCCCAUAGUGGAAGCAGUAGCACCUCUUACCGAAAGGAAAGUAUGGAUUAUUAUUUUUCUGUGGGUGGCAGAGAUAGGAACAGAAGAGGAGGAGGGGCUUAUGGAGCAGGAUUUGGAUACCCAAAUAUGGAUGGGCACAUACCUCACCAGUACAGACAUGUGUCUGGUUCAGGGUCCACCUCUGGCCUGAUGUCCCCAUAUCCCAUGGACUACAGUGCCAGUGCUUCUUCUGGUAAUAGUGGUGCUGGUUCAUUUUCUCCUUCGCAUCAGUUUAAUGUGGCACAGAAUGCCCCCAUGACCCCAGCUUCAGGUGCUGACAUGCAUCAGCAUCAACCCAGUCAGAAAUACCCCUCGCAUCAGGGGCUGCAUCAAGGUCAUCGGACCUAUUCUCUCUCUGGUCACAGAAUACCUUCUCAGUUUGGCCACUACCCUUCUCUUAAUGCACCCACAGCAUCAGCUGGAAUGUACAACUCUCCACCACAACGAUAUGAGACCAGCAGCAGUGGCAGCGUGGAUUCCAAAAUCAAUAACUCACCCACUCAGUCUAAUCCAAAUUCUGCUCCUGGUCCUGCCACUUCAAACAACUCUGGACAUCAAGAAAAUGUGACACAGAACUACCCAUCCUCUACGCAUCCUCCUUAUUCCCCUCAGUCCCAUCCUGUUCACAAGCAUGCUGUUCGUCGUACAGCAGGGUAUGAUGGGUUUGAUGGGUUUGAGGCCUCCUUGAAGAUGCAGCAUGCACCUCCUGGCCAUGCACACCCUAAAAAUCCUCAGUCCUCUGUCUCCUCCAGCCCUGCUACACCUCACCAUUCGACUCAAGACAUAUCCAAAUCUCCGAUGCAUUCCCAAAACCAGCAGACACAUGUGAAUCAAAACUUCAGCCCAAUAUCUAACCCUUCACCUGCUCCAUCUGUUGUCCAUUCUCCUAGCUGCAGCUCUUCUUCAUCUCCACUGAUGGGGGUUUCAGAGGGUCUGGGUAACACUGCCCCUCCCAACUGCCCCUCUGCACAGCCACCUUCACAGACGUCACUCUUACACCCCCGUAGUUGCCUCAGUCAUGGCAGGCCCCCACACACCAUGCCUCAGCUUAGCCCAACCCCCAGCUCCAAUAGCAGCAUCAGUAGUUGUGGUAGCAGUGCAGGUAGUAAACCUACUGGUCUCAAUGCAAAUGCCCUAAAUCCAAACCGAAUGGGAGUGGGUAGUCGGGGUGCACAACGUGAAGAAGGCGCUUCAUCCUUGUACCCACAGGACAAGCUCUCACAGGAUCCUGGUCUUAAUAGCCUCAAUGCGCUAACAUCGCAAGUGGCUAAUUUACCCAAUACAGUCCAACAUAUGCAGCUAACAGACACUGUGCUCUCUCAGAAGAAAAGCAGAGAUGGUGCCCAUCAGCCUCACUCACAGCAGUCGGCUGCCAACCACCAAAAACCUCGAAUGGCUAGCUUGGCUGGUCAUACCUCAGCAAAUGAAGAAAGUGGAGAUAUUUUAGGAUCUAAGCCAGAGGAGGCCAGGAAAGAUCACACAGACCAGUCAGAACUUGAGAAAGUUAGACAGAUAGGUGGAACUGGGACUGAAGCUAAGCCAGCCAGCUACUAUCCUGCAACUCACAGCCAAACCCAUACAGGACAAAUUCGUCCUGGGCUGCAUGUACAAGUGGAUGGUAGAGUCAUUGAAGUAUCUGGUAAACAGUCAUUUAAUCAGGUUUCAAAGUCUUUUUCUAAGACUUCAGAAACCCAAAUUCCAUCAUCAUCUUCUCCACCCUCAGUUGUCCCUUUUUCACCCAGCCCAGAUGCACCUGCUUGUCCUCCUGCUUCUUCUGCCCCGUUGACCUCCAGCUCCUCUCCUACACACAGAACACAAUCAAACUGUACAGCCGAACCUGAUCUUAGUCACAGUGAUGAUAGGAGUGGACUGAGGAACAAAAAUUCCCCAGGUAUUAAGGAUGAAAGAAACGCAGUUGAAUCUGAAGAAACAUCCAGUCAAGAACCAGAUAAAGGAAAAAAUAUACAGAACAUAGUCAGGGUAAAGGUGGAACAUUCAAGCCCAAGUAAACAAAAUGACAAUGAUAAAGAUGAUAAGAAAAGCUACACACAACACAUUUCUAGUAAGACCAUAAGCACUCCAGAACAGUCUAACAUCGGAGUUAUCGGAGUCAUUGUUUCGGCACGUUCUGAACAAAAUCCUGAGGCAACUAAACAAACAGAGGCCACAUCUCCACACUGUGCUGCUUCUUAUCAUCUUAGCAAACUCAGCUAUUCUGAUGAGAAACGCUCCAUUAACAUGUUUCGGGAUUCUGGGAGUCACAAUGGAGAUGGGGACAUUAGUGUGGAAACAUACACUGCACACUAUGAUGUGUCCCCUAAAAUUGAGUUUGGGCAGAGCAUGUCCUCAAAUCAUUGUCACCUUGGUCCUUAUAAAUAUAGCAGUUCUGAGAUUCCAUACAAUGUCUGCAUGGGUGGAAAGAACAAGGGAAGGGCUGGAGCAUUGGGUGCAGUGGGUCCAAACAGAUACCAAGAUUACCAUCACUCACAGUCUAACUUUGGUUCAGUGCCUAGAAAGGAUGCUGGCGUCCUGGCAGUGGGUGGUCGAAGUGGUAUAGUAGUUGGAUCAAGAGGCCAGGAGAGUAAUUCUCAGUUGCAACAACCAUAUCCCAGUCUUUUGCAAGAGGUUCUCCAAGGUUAUCAUUUAGAUCGACGCUAUGGACGUCCUGAACAAGCAUCUACUCACCACCAGCCACAGAAUAUGUCCCAGCCACAUUAUCAUACCAGACUUCCCUUUCGCAUGAUUGAAAGCAUAAGGACUCAUGGGCUGAGCCAGUCUGUCAUGGGAGGUGCUAGUGUUCAUCCUCAGAUGGCCUUGGGAAAGCCUCACACUCAAAAUCAGCAUCAGGAAGCAGAUCAUGAGAUGGGACUGGGCCUCCUUCAUCCUCCUUGGGAUUCUGAAGCACAAAAGCCAAAGGGGGAUCAUGGAAUAUCACUAGAGAAGGGUGCAACAAUGUCCCCCAGCAAUGCCCCCCAUAUGCAGCAAUGCUCAGAUACCUCUACAGGUACUCCCCCUAAGCACAUUAAUUUGGCAGACUAUUCCUUACCUCAGAGGAAAGCUCCAAGUCUAACAUCCCCACCUUCUGCCAUCCAGCAGUUGCUUUUACAGGAAGCAGACUCAUUAACUGGUAAUGCAGAAUCCAUAAGUCAUACUCAGAACUCCUCUUCCUCAGGAAGGCGCUCAGUAAUCUGUGAUGUGUCUCCAUCUCGACGAAAUACACCAGAGCAAGAGAGGAGUCAGUGUGGGACUACAGGAGCCUCAGUUAUUCAGCAGUCUCUUUUGUCCUCUGAACCGAAUGAGCAAAAAUGUAAUAAGGAGGAUUUGAACAAUAAAAGAGAACAAGAAGCAGGUGACGCUUCAAAGGUUAAUCCUACUGAUCAAGGAAAACACACUACAGAUGGACAGAGUUCCUUGCUAGCCAAGGAGGAACCUAGUAAGUCCCUGAAUGCCGCGAUGGAUUUAAAUUCUGAGUUGAAUAGACACAAUAGUAGCAAAGGGAACAAUGACACACCAAGCAAUGCUUUAUACCACUCUCAGCACCAUCUCUCUGCCAAUCCCUUGUCCUCACCGCCCAGAUGCAAACUUUAUUCCCAAGCAGAUACUGGUUUUGUUGCGUAUGGGCUUAGUGAUACAGUAGAAGAAUCCAAAUUGAACACUCAUCCACCUUCACAUAAUCCAUUCCAUACAUUAACAUCUCAGAGUCAUGUCCCUCCACCAGCUAACAAGUUACAAACAUACCCACACCCUCUCUCUCUUCAGCACCCUCACACCAUGGAUGACAGAUUUGAUUGGUCUGCUAACACUAAUAGACCUAAAGAUAUUACCAUCCAUUAUAACUCUGCCCAGAACUCUGACCACAAAUGUAAAAUUCAGUCUCCUUCUGAUGUUUCACCCAAUCAGCAUCACUUGCCAAGACAGCACUCUUAUCCUGGUUCUCAUUAUGAUAUGAAAGUGUGGGAAUCCUAUGAUAGAGAAAGAGCUGGAAACCAACACCUGCGAUCUACAGUUCCUCAUGAGUCUGUUGGCUCACAACCAGUACCAUUCAGUGGUUCCAAACCACUGGAGGCAGAUAUUUCUCGAGAGAUUACAGAAGAAUCAGCCAAAGCAUUCCACCCUGCUGCAGCUGCCAUUGCUGUUGGUUCAGGUGGUCCCAAUAGUGGUAAUACAGUCCCAGGUAUUCACCAAGGGACCCGCUCAACUAAACCUGGAGGGUCAGCAGAAACUAACCCAUUAAUGAUGAGAAGGAGAGUUCGUUCUUUUAUUUCUCCAAUUCCUGCCAAGAGGCUGCAUCAGGAUUUUUCCAGUCACAGAGGUGGGCCAUGCUAUCACUCUCCAUUAUCCCAUUCUGAAUCUAGACAUCUAAAUGAAAGUGAUUCAGCGAAUGUAGACCCUUGUCUCAAACUGUCUUCCCCUAGCACACUAUAUCCAACACCAAGCACUAAUUCACCUCCACAAGGGAAAACUAAGAUUCUGCCUCCAAGGAGGGGACGGGGCUUAAAACUGGAAGCAAUAGUACAAAAAAUUACCCCAAAUAAGAAAUCCAGUUACAAUAACAGUCAUGUAGAUGCUGAUUACCCAGAUCUAUCACAUUACAGCUCUGACAUACCUGACCCAGAGAUUGGAGCGACUUUCUCUAGUACACCUCACAGAGAAGGAGGGUGUUUGCCUUACCUUGAUGAAGCUCACUCUUUAGAUGAUCUUUUGCCCUACAGAGCAGAAGAUGCAUAUUCUUGUGAUUCUCAAGUUCUCAAACAGAGCAUGACAGGAUCCUCCAAUAGUACCCUUAGAAACUUGCCAACAGACUUCGACUUUGGGUUGGGCACUGCUGUAUCUUCUGGGCCUGGGACCAGUGAAGCUGAUAAGGAUGACUUUACACUAUUGGGACCCCUGCCCCCACCACCUCCUUUACCUCGACCUGUGCAAGGCUCUCCUCCUCCGUCCUCAUCUGUGUUAUCUGACAUACAGCAGUUUACAAAUACUUACCAACAGUUGGAGACAAGGAGAGGGGAGCAGUCUGCUGCUAACCUGCUAAGGCAGAAACUUCAAGAGACUGGCAUAGGUUUUGAUGAUUAUGCUGGAGGGGAUUUCUAUGGAGCAACCCCACCCCAUAGCCAAAGCCCAGGACACCACCUCCUCUCCAGGGCUCCACAGCAUCAGUUAACCUCUUCCAGAAUGGGAGAAUCCAAACCACCAGAGAACAUUGUUCCCAAAGGUUAUUUCCCAUCCGGCAAAAAAAAGGGGCGGCCGGUAGGAAGUGUGAAUAAGCAAAAACGUGUACAAGUCCAAGUCCAGACUGCCAUGUCCAGCACUCCUGUAGCCCCUCACACCCCUCCUCCCCCUCCUCCUGCUGCUGGUCCUGUUACUGCUACUGCUCUGCCGACCACACCAACCUCCAGCACCACAGAGGAAGCAGUCACUGCUUCAGUACUACCUGAACAGAAACCCUGCCCGUCUCUGGAUCUUGCUGUCAUGACCCAGCCAGCAAAGGUGGAUGUGGAGAGUGAGGACAACCAGCCAGAGGUAGACAUGAAGCCGAUAAAGCACAAACAGAGGAAGGGGAAAGAGGGGAAUGAAGGGGCUGGUUCAAGAGGCAGGCAGUGGAGGAGGAGGAGAGGACUAGAUUCUAAAGAAGACCUGGAUCCACAAACUGGCAGUGGAGGAAAUGCAGGCCUGAGUGGAAGUUUACAAGACACAAGAAAAAAGGUUUUCUCUCCAUACAUACACGUAGAAAGAAAAAUAGUUGAGAUUGGAGCUGUGUGUACUAUAGUCAAUUCUGAAGAUGAGAAAUCAAAAGGUGCAGGCAAAGUAAGUGGUUCUGGAGUUGAUGGUCCUUCAAGUGUUGUUGCUUCUCAGAUGGUCAGAAAAGAGAAAGAAACUGAGAGGCUACAGGAAAAGGGGACUGCUGAACAGUCUGAUUCAGCCAUGCAGUCAGGAAAGUUACUUCCUACAUCUGGAUAUGUCCUCCCAGGCCCUGUGAUAUCUGAGAGUGGCCACACUGGUCAUUUUCUAUGUUGCCUUUGUCAGAAAUGGGCUAAUUACAAGAACCUUGGAGAUCUCUAUGGACCCUUCUAUCCAGCUGAGUAUGCCGCAAAGUUCCCAAAGAACCAACCCCAAAUUCGACAGAUCUUGUCACACACUGGUGCAGCUAAUUCUGGAUCAAAUUUCUCUUCUGUUUCAUCAGAAUUAACUGCCCCAGAUACUCAGUUACCGCAUCCUCCAAACAUCAAAUCAGCAGACAGUGAUUGCACAGUAAGUCAAACCACAAACCUUGCAUCCCCUGCUACUACUGUUGGCACUGCUUCUCCAGCAGCAGGUGAAGACCUGCCAUGUCUGAGUGCCAAAAUGAGCAGUUCCACAACAGCACAAAACUGGGAUCUGAUGCCAGAUGUUGCACCAUUGAUGUUAAAGCCCCCUGACCUGGAGAUUGAGAUCACCCAGAAACAGAAACCAGAAGACCUGCAGCAACGACCGCAGCAUAGAAAAUUGACCUCCCAUCCCCGUUUUAAAAGGAGACACAAAUCAAGUGAAGAUUUGCCACGCACUAUUCCAAUCAACAGUAAAGCAUCAUUGCCAUUCCAGCCCCCACCCCCCAGCCUGGAUUCCCUUGGUCCCAUGGCUCAGCUGGCGCAGCUCCCGCUGGUUCCUUUAGACCCCAGUGAACUGUGGGUGCAUGAGAGCUGCAUCGUCUGGACUAGUGGGGUUUACUUGGUCAACGGGAGACUGUAUGGCUUGCAGGAGGCACUAGAUGGAGCCAGAGAAAUGAAUUGUUCUCAUUGUGAAAUGGCCGGUUCCACUCUGGGCUGCUACAGUAAAGGCUGCACCCUGCGUUAUCAUUACCUGUGUGCUGGAGAAGCAGACUGCUAUCUGAAUGAAGACAAUUUCUCUUUGAGGUGUCCAAAGCACAAGCUCGCCCUUACUAGCAGACCAGCCAAGCCUACUGUUGCAUAUCAGGAGCAGUCAGAACGGGGCUGAACAUGGCGAGAUCAAAUAUCGAGGGCCUGACAGAGCAGAAGAACCUGGGGAACAUCAUCACAGCAUUACAUCACAGAGCAGAAGAACUUGGGGAACAUUACCACAGCAUUACAUGACAGAGCAGAAGAACCUGGGGAACCCAGCAUAUUUACGGAUGGAAAUAUUGAAAUCGAUAAACUGAUGGGAAUGGCAAAUUUAAAGACUUUGUCUAAAGAACACUAACAACUGAUAAACGACUACAUUUCAGAGGAAAAAAACAAAACAAAUUGUUUUUGUUAAUUAUCUACCUGUAUUGUGGAAAAAUCAUGUAAGAAAACCCCUACCAGCGCUACAUGGAAGAAACACUCUCAGACGCAUGGGAACCCAAAAGAAGCUUUCAGAUUGUGGACAUACUUUCAUAUUCUUUGACUUAAAAUUCUAUUGUCAUUAUGUUAUUGUAUUACAUUAUUUUAGCCCAAAUGAUGUAUCUGAGAGUUAUGAGAACAAGUCUUCUUUCUGAGCAAGGAGCAGAGGCCGAUUCUUGUCCCGUUUUGUAGUAUUAUGGUAUUCAUGUUAUUAUUUUACUCACAGUUGUUUUUAAUCAGUAUUUUGUGCUCCGGUGGAUGUGGAGGUGUCUGAGUGGAUGAACUCUUUAUAUCAUACAUGUGAUUGGAUGGUAAAAGGAGACUGAUUGUUUAUUCGCUAUGACAUCAUUCCUUCAUGUGGAUGGAGCUUUCUCAGUGACAUCAUAUAGAAUGUUGGGGUCCUGUUACCACAGAGACAUUGUUGCCGUGGAGAACAGACAUUUAUUGCCUUCAAAGGUGUGUGUGUGUGUGUGUGUGUGUGUGUGUGUGUGUGUGUGUGUGUGUGUGUGUGUGUGUGUGUGUGUGUGUGUGUGUGUGUGUGUGUGUGUGUGUGUGUGUGUGUGUGUGUGUGUGAGAGAGAGAAGAACAGGCUUUGUAGCCUAUGUGCCCGUGUUAUUUUUCAUCGCCAGGUUUUUACAGCAGAGUAUCUUCAUACGUCACAGGAGAAUCAGACAGACAUGACAAUUUCUGUGAGAAAAAAUGGUUCUCUUGUCUGUGUAGCUGGGCUGUGUAUGCCGGGGGAGCUACAGGUGGAGGUGAUGUAGCGGUUGUAGCACCGUGCAUACACACAGGACAUAUGAAAGGUUUGUUCCUCAUGCACCCUUAAGGGCCACAUGUGUCCAUCCAAACGCAGCGGCAGAAGAAAUGCACACGUCCGCCUGUGUCACCAUCUUUUUUUAUCCCUGUAAAAAUGAAAACAAAAGAAUGACCAUGAGACACAUUGCAUUACAAACCUGUCAGUAUGUAUAUGCUUCAUGAAUACAAGCCCUGAAC